AUGGAGAGCUUUGUCGUGCCGUCCCUUUCGGUGGGGGCCGUGCCCCGUGGCACCGGGAGGGGUGGCCUGGAGCCCCCCUGCCCCUGGGGCCCCGGCAGCCUGCCCGGAAUCCCGAAGGCUGUGGGUGCUGCCUCCAGCAGCGCCAGCUCGCCCCCCCCAGCGCUGCCCCCGUGCCUGUGCAGCUCCGCGUGGGACAGCCCCACCUGGCCGCAGGCCGCAGCCUCGCCGGGCAGCGAGCUCCCCGCUCGCACCAUCUACCGGCCCUGGUUCUCACCGUACAGCUACUUCAUCUGCACCGCAGCAGCCUCCAAGCAGCACCUCUCCUCCGGCCUGGCCAUCGGCGCCCAGGAGCCAGAGGAAGCCGACAACCUCUCGGAGACCAUCUGCUCUUCCUCCUGCUCCUCGGAGGAGCCGCGGCCCUCCCAACAGGGCCGGCAGAACAGCAGCAGGGUGAGCAUCACCGUGCGGGACAUCCUCAGGGCUGCGCGGGGGCAGCCGGUGCCGCAGCACGGCUACAAGUGCAGGGCGUGCUGCCGCGUCCUCCCCACGCUCUGGGCGCUCAAGACCCACAUCCAGCACAGCUCCCAGGAGGGCUACAGCUGCAAGGCGUACUACCGCAAGCUCAAGGUCCUGCUGGAGAAGGAGCACCAGGCGCAGGAGGCCGAGGCCCCCCCGGCACCCGAGUAG